AUGCUCAUGCACUACCUCUUCAAGUCUCUCGUGCUGUCCACACGCAUACGAGAGAAGCUACCAGUGCUGUCGCCUGCCUUUGACUUUCUGCAAUCCACCCUGGACAGAUGGUGGGAUGAUGAGAUGGAUAGGUGGUGGGGGGAGGAGAAGAAGAAGAAGCAGCAUGCGCAGUUGGGGGGGAAGGAUCGUGUAGGCGAUAAUCAGCAGCAGCACCAUCAGCGGACGGAGGGGGAGGAUGGGGAGGAGUCAGAGGAGGAGGGUGAUAAGGAGGGAAAGGAGAGAGAAGAGAGAGAAGAAGGCAAGGAGGAAGAGGAGGGAGACGGGGGAGAGGAGGAAGAGGAGGACGAAGAGGGCGAAGAGGAGGAGGAAAAGGAGGAGGAAGAGGAGGAAGAAGAGGAAGAGGAGGAAGAGGAGGAGGAAAAGGGUGAAGAGGAAGAGGAGGAGGAGGAAGAGGAGGAAGAGGGAGACACGGAUGAGGGAGGGGAGGAGUCAAAUACAGCAGCGGCACAGGAGGAGGAUGAAUUAGACCUUGCAACGGUGCAAGCACAUGAUUCCGAUGCGGUGAGGCGGGCAGUUAAAAAACUUACUAGUUUCAACUGGGCCGUGGCCUAUGAGGGGCUGGCUGUGGUAUUUGGGAGUAGGGCGGAUAGGAUUGCGUGGGAGGUGGGGGGGGGAUGGGGAGGAGAGGGGUCGAGAGAGAAGGGAGAAUUGGGAGGAGAGGGGAGGGAGGAGGGGUGUGAGGAACAGUAUGGGGCAGCGAGUGAGAGGGGGGCAGCAGAGAAGCGUUAUAUAUCAAUAGGUGAGGAGGGAGAGGAGUGGAGAGGGGAGUGCGUAGAGAGAAAGUAUAGGAGGGAGGAGGAGGAGGAUGGAGAGAGGGAUGGAGAGAGGUACGAAGGAGGAGGAGGAGGAGGAGGAGGAGGAGGAGGAGGAGGAGGAGGAGGAGGAGGAGGAGGAGGAGGAGGAGGAGGAGGAGGAGGAGGAGUAGGAGGAGGAGGAGGAGGGGAGGAAAGACGAGAAGGGAUGGAAAAAGGAGAAGGGAAGGGAGGUGGGAAUGGAGGAGAGGGAGUAAGGAAGGAGGAGGAGUGGGAGGAAUGGGAUAGAGAGUGGGCAAUAGAGGAUGCAGAGAAAGUGGGUCGGUUGCUGGUAGGGGGGAAGAGGAAGCGGGGAGGAAGGGGAGACGGGAAGGGAGUGGAGAACGAUAAGGGUGGUGAGAGUGAUGCGAGAUGCACGAGGAUAAAGAAAGAAGGAAAGGGAGUGAGGCAGGAAGGUAUGUUUGGUUCAAGACUCCCAAGGAAAGAUCCCCGAAAGAAGGAGCCGGCGUUUGAAGCGAAAGGGGAAGGACGUGAGGAAGAAAAUAUUAGUACAGGAAGGCUACAGCUAGGAGCAGGCGGCGGUAUUGGUGUUCAAGGUGCAACUUCUGCUGCAGUUUCAAGGGAGGGAGAAACUUUUGAGAAUUCUCAACAGUUAAGGGCAGGCAAUAUGGGUGCUCAAGGGGUAACUUCUGCUGCUGUUUCAAGGGAGGGAGAAAAGCUGGAAGCAGCAGCGAGUCUGUGGCAGAGGGAUAGUAUUGUGGAUAGUGAGCUCACAGCACCUAGCAAGGCACAGAGGGAGGGAGGAGGGAAGCUGGGAGCAGCAGUGAGGUUGUGGCAGCGGGUGGUACAGCAGUGGGGGGUGUACCGGAGGUGGCUCAAGCUGGUGGCGCUGCAUUGCCCCAACCUGCAGUUUGAAGUGAUGAUUGAACGCGCCAGAGCAGGCAGCACGCCUCUACUCAAGCUGGUGGCGUUGCAUUGCCCCAACCUGCAGUUUGAAGUGAUGAUUGAACGCACCAGGUGGCUGAAGCUGGUGUCGUUGCAUUGCCCCAACCUGCAGCUUGAAGUGAUGAUUGAACGCGCCAGAUCGAACCACCACUCGGCUACACCUACAGUCUAUGACAAGGGACUCAUCAGGGUGUUUUUGAGAAUUCUCAAAAACACCCUGCAGCAUCUCGAACCACCACCGGCUACACCUACAGUCUAUGACAAGGGACUCAUCAGCUUCAGGUCGAACCACCACUCGGCUACACCGACAGUCUAUGACAAGGGGGUCAUCAGCUUCAGGAGCAAUGUGCUUUUAGCCUUUGGCCUGCGCCGCCGCUUUCAAGAGUCUCUCCUUCUUCUCAUCGACGCCGCUUACACUGCUUUCUACGCCCCAACGCACGGCACUUCCGCUUCAAGUGCUGCUGCAAUAGUCCCUGACACAGCGCACCUGGUUCCACUGCUAAAGCAGAUUAAGCAUCUCUUUCAAGUAAGUGUGAUCUUCGUCUUUUUGGUGUGCAUUACAGGGCAGAUCAAAUCACCCGUAUUUAAAACGGAAAUCUAG